GUGCUGCGCAUGACUUUUAAAUGGUUCUGGGGACGUAUUCCGGUGCUGCAUUCGAACGGUUCUGUGACCGUACCGGCUGCCGUAUACUGAUGAGUUGAGAACAAUUAUCCUCGGCACAACAUGGCGUCAUCCUCGAAACCUAAACGCAAACGCAAACGGCACAGCUCAAAUUCAGAAGAUGAUCCACUGUGGACAAAUAGAUUAGAUGGCGAUUAUUAUUCCGCAUCAAGCGAUAAGAAGAAGAAAUUAACUGCACUGAGUAGUUACAUUCCGCGUGAAACAAGUGAUUGGACGAUGAGCGAACUAGAAAAUCUUCAGAUUAAUUGGAACUGGAUCGACCCAUCCACGAAGAGCAUUGAUGAAUUUUUCGACAUGUUUUCAAAUAUAAAUGCAGGUUUGCCACCCCUCGAUGCAGAUUUAAUCAAGAUGAUGGAUUAUUUGAAUGCUAACUUGACAUUUGACACAAGUGUCAAAGAACUUGAACAGGAAAAUUAUGUUAAAGUUAGAGAAUAUCUUGUUAAAAACUUUCUUCCCAAAGUUGAUGCUGAUUCAGAUGAACACCAUGAUGAUGAAGAGUUGAUGAAAACUGUGGGUAGUAGUUCCAGAGUUAUGAUACAUCAUAUUGAAGCUGGAAGACAUGACUUUCAAAAUGACCUAAAAGAAAUACUUUAUGAUUUGUUGUUGACUUCUAGAACAGUGGAAGAAAUGAGGUUCACAAUAAUGCUGGAGAAGUUUUGCAGAAUGUGUAACCUAAAGGGAAGUAUAGGAUUGGUCGAGGAAACCAUGAUCAAGGAUGUACGUGUUGUGGCAGUUCCAGACUUAACUUUCAGAAUUUCAUCAAAUGAAAUGCCUGAUGUAAUACAGAUAAUGACAGUUGCAGAGGUUAAAGUUUCAACCAAUGAUUCAUUAGUUGAUCAAAAGAUUCAUGUUACUAGACAAAAACCAGAGGCUAUUGAUAAGGAGACACUUCAAACUAUGGAUCCAUCAAAGAUAAGAGGAUUUAGCCAACAUGUUGGACAGCUGAUCAUUGGACUAGGCAAUUCUUGCUUCAAAAAAGAAUGUCUUGGCCUUUUGCUCCAUGAGACAAAGAUACUGAUAACAUGCCUGUCUACAUCACCCAGGUAUUGUACAUAUAUCAAAGAUAAAUUAGGUCCAGAAGACAAAGCUACUCUGCAUUUUAUUGGACCUUAUGAUAUAUUAAAGGCAAGGGAGAGGAGCCAGCUGAUAAAAGCUUUUCUACGUUUAGGAAACCGACAAAGAUUAGGAAUACCAAAAGUAUAAUCUGCCUUUUGUGUUACUAGAAUCUGCUCACCCUAUCAAAGCUAAAGUGAAUACCAAAGUUGAUUCAUAGUAAUGAAUAUAGAGGUGUAAUACCACCAAAUCAUGGUACGUCACAUCUGGUUGCAUACGAAAGUAGGUCUUAAAAAAUAUUCCCUUGAAUUUGACCGUUGUAGGUAAUUAAUCCUACAUUUUAUUGCAGUAAAACUAUUUCUGUGUCAUAAACAUAUGUCUUGGGUAUUUCAAAACACCAUUAUUUUUAUUUGUGAUUUCUAUAGAAAAUUUUGUAAUCUUGAGGUUACAUGGUUACUAAACCUUGUACACAGAUAGAAUAAGAGGAGAAAUUUGAUUGGUUAACUUCCAAUGAUUUUUAUUUUCUUAUAUGCAAUGAAAUGUUAUGUGAAACUUUUUCUAUAGAACUGGACAGGAUAAAACUUUACUCAUGCCAAGUAUUUCUUUAUUUGAAACAAAGAUAAAUUCUGCACAAUUUUUUGAAAAGUGCAAAUUUAACAAAGACUAAUAGGGGAAAAUCAAUGAUGGUAUUACACCUAGAGGUGGAAUCUCUUAAAAUACAUUUAUUUUUUAGUACAAAAUCUUAGUGAAAUUGUUGCCACAACAUUUUGUAAUUCAAGAACAAAGCAACAAAAAGUUUAUUUAUACAGCAUCAGAGUUAUUUUCAGAGCUAGAUAUAAAGAUAUGUAUAUAUAUUAACAUUAUUGUGACAUAGGAAAUGUACUAGAAAAUGCAAGAAUGGUGAAAUUCAUCUAUUAUCCAUUACUUAUCAUCCCCUGUUUGACACAUUGCAAGGGACAUAGAAAUACCCUGCAUCCAUCCAGUCUUGUAAGUGCUCUCCUGUGUACUAUUCUUGCAAGAUAUUUAUAGAAUUUAUAUUGAAGGUCAGCAAUGUCUAGAACAAGUUUGAAAAAUCAGUGCAGAUCAAUUUUUAUGCCCCCGCCAUAGCGGAGGGGGUAUUGCGAUUAACCCUUGUCCGUCUGUACGUCCGUCCCAAAAUUGGUUUCCCUUCUCUAACUUUAGUUUGCCUCCACCAAAUGUUAUGAAAUUUAUACACAAUGCUUAUUACCACAAAAACACAGAUCAAGUUUGAAUUUUGGUGGCGUCACUUUUACUGUUCUAAAGUUAUGCCCUUCUACAAAUGGAAAAAUUGUUGACUUUUUGGUAUCCCUUCUCUUACUUUAGUUUGCCUCAACCAAAUGUUAUGAAUCUUAUGUUGUGUUUUGUGUACUAUUGUUUGUCUGUUUGUCUUUAUCUUUUGUAGCCAUGGCGUUGUCAGUUUAUUUUUGAUCUAGGAGUUUGAAUGUCCCUCUGGUAUCUUUCGCCCCUCUUAUAUGCACAAUGCCAAUUACCACAAAACACAGAUCAUGUUUCAAUUUUUGGGGCGUCACUUUUACCGUUCUUGUAUAAAAAUUACCAUCAUGUAACAUCUAUCAGCCCAGCCCUGACAUAUAAAAGUAUAUUUACAGUAAACAUCUUAUUUAUUUGUAAACCUGUUUUCUCUUAACCAUACAUACAGAUUUUAUUACUAUUUGCCUUUUUAGUUCACCUGGCACGAGGUCCACUGUGAGCUUUUGACAUCACUUAUUGUCAACUGUCGUCUUCUGUUAAAUUAUACAUAGAUCAUCUCCUCUGCAACUACUAAACCAAAUUUAACCAAACAUGGCAAAAAUUAUCAACGGGAUAUCUAUUUUAAAAAGUGUGUCAUCUCAACCUGCCUGCCGACAAACAUGGUUCACAUGGCUAAAAAUAUAAGAGCAAUUUUUGUCUAUUAACUUGAAAGCGCUAUAGAUAAAGAAAAUUGGGCAGGAACAAAUAUUUCAGAAUGAUGAGAUCUACAUAAUAUCAUUUGACAUCAAAACUGUCAGAUCACUUCUUAUACGAGUUAUUGCCCUUAAUUGAGUUUAGUAAAAAGUUAUGUUUGCCUAUUAUUUCGAAUUAUGAUAGAUAGACAGAAACUUUAAAUAGCAAAAAUGAUCAACAAGACAAGAAAAUUAAUAAAUAAGUCAACAUUAUUGAAAUCCCCAGUCAACCCCUUAUUGAAGUUGUUGCCCUUUAAUGACGAUGUUUCCCUUUUUUUCCAGGAUUACCAAUUUCUUGAAAACUAUGAUAAAUAAAACUUUAAAAUGCAAAAAUUAUUGGCAAGACAAGAUCAACAAAUAAGUCAAUAUUUUGCAGUUUUGUCUAUUUCCUUGAAAACUAUAUAGAUAGAUAAAAAAUUGUAAUAGAAAAAUGAUCACCAGGACAACAUCUACAGAUAAGCCAUAAUGGCUGAAAUCUUUAGUUGAUUUGAUUAAAUUUUUUGAGUUAUUUACCAUUUAAUGAUAAUUAUUACUAUUUUUUUUCUUUUUUGCCUUUUAUCUUGAAAACUAUAAUAGAUAUAUAGAAACUUUAAAAACAAAAAAAUAUUCAGCUGAAUAGAAUCUACAAAUGUGUUAAAAUGACUUAAAUUGCAAGUUAACUAAUAAAGUUAUUCUCCUUUUAUGAUGAUUUUUACUUAAAAGUGGCCAUUCUGAAAGAUGCAGGUGAGCAACACAGGCUCUUUAAGAGUUCUGUUUAUUGACAAAAGCAUUAAAAGACAGGUGUUAAAUUUUAACUGAAUGUAUUCGACUUUGUUCUUAUAUCUAUAUUGUUAUUCUUAUUUGUGCAUAUGCAAAAAUGAUGGCAGUUAUUUAUACACAUUAAUAGAUAACUUGUAAAAGAAAUAUGUGAUAUUUAAACAAAAAAUAAUCUACUUGAUUGUGUUUUACUUUGAAUAUAAGUUUGCUUUCUAUUAUUAUGGACAAUAAAAUCAAUUCUUACUUUGUUUCUGUUUAAGAUGAUGAAUUGUGCAGGAACAUAUAUAUAAAUAGUAACAAUAUAAUGCAUUGAACUUUCUUGACCAGAUUUUAUUUUUACCUGAGCCACAACAAAACUUCAGACUCGCCUAUAAAAUGCUAUAUUUUUGAGUAACUACACAUUCAAAUAAUUUAUUUAAUAAAUAGUGUUUUUUUAUUUUAAUCAGUAUAUUACGGGUGAAAUAUUCUAUAUAUUAACUAAAUUUUUAAAGAGAGUUUUCAAUUGCAAAAAUUGUACUUGCUAAACAUGUAAUCAAUUUGAAUGAUUAGUUGAAAUCAAGUACAAAUACUUUAUUUAUAUAUAACUUAUCUGAAUUUGUAAAUUGGUGUGAAAUUUUAAAGUUAUUACUCUUUACUUUGAAUCAUUUACAUUUAUAGAUAUAUAUAUGUAUAUACACUUAUAACAUUCAUAACAUUAUUGCAAAAUUAAUUUUAAUCAAUAUAAAAUUUCAUUUCAUUUUUGUAUACAUUAUUUAACGAUCAUAAUUAUGUGAACUAUCUGAUGUUGCUACAUUUUGCAUUUAUUCAUCUACAUAUAUGUAUGUCUCACCUUGCAACAUCACUAUCAUAUUUGAAUCAUUUAUUGUUAAAUGUUCAUUCACUAUUUGUAUAUAUUAAAUGAAUAUAUGUGUAUAAUUUGUAGUUAAUCAUUAUCUUAAAAUAAAUUUGUAAGUGGUGGUUAUAUGAGAAAAUAAAUUUGUAAGUGGUGGUUAUAUGAGGAGUGUUUUUGAUUUACUACAAAAAAUACUCGUUUUGAUGUUGAAAUCUAGAUACAGGUACACCAGUCUUCAUUUUAGUUCUUUAAAUUUUGGACUCAAAAAGAGAUGUGACAAAGCACAAUGAAAAUUAGUUUUUUCUUCUACUUUGCAAAUUAAGUUAAAUGUUGAAGGUUUUUUGGCUAAAGAUCUAUGGGUUUUAUUUCAAUUCCUGAAUACUUACAUAAUUAUGUUACUUCGUGUGGAAUUUUGUUUGACCACUGUCUAACAUAUCCCACUGUCCACAUAGGGUAGUUGGUUUGUCUAGCUAACUCCUACAGUGUUCUAGCUAGAACAUUUAUAUUAUGUAGGGUGUUAGUACAUAUUCUAAAGGUGUGCACAUUAUCAGGAUUUGCAUGUUCCUUAUAUUUUCCACAAAUGAAAGGAUGUUGAACUUUCUCAUUUUUAACUCACUUGGGGUGCACAGAAAUGCUAUGUUGAGGUAUAUGUACAUUUAGUGUUUGUACCAAAAAUAUCAGAUGACUUAUUAAAGUGUAACCCCAUUAAAAUGAAGAUUGUUUGCUAGUUUCCAUGUUUUUACCUGAAUACUUAAAACUUAUAUUAUAUCGUAAGAAACUGCCAUAGGAAUUAAUAAUCAGCAAAACAAGAUCUGUAGAACAUUGUAGAAAAUAAGGUCAUAGUGAUUGACCUUAUAUAACACAGGUCCCUGGUGUACAUAACAUAGGAGGCUGUAGUGCACCUUGUAUAACACAGGUCCCUGUUGAAUGUAACAGGAGGGUGUAGUGCACCUUAUAUACAUGUAACACAGGUCCCUGUUGAAUGUAAUAGGAGGGUGUAGUGCACCUUAUAUAACACAGGUCCCAGGUAAAUGUAAACAGCAAAAAUGUUCAGCAAAGUAAGAUCUACAAAAAAGUUUAACGACAAAAACUAUCAAUUGACCCCUUAAGGAGUUAAUGGCCUUUAAGGACAAUUUUUAAGUUUCUAACUUUUAAAAUCUUCUCAUAUGAAUCUAGUAUAAAUUUUGUAUUUUAUUUCUUUGUACAUGUUGUAUGUCAAGAAACAUAGACACUGGCUAAAAUGGAACAUAUGGGUAAAAUGCAUUUAUAUGCUUUUGAAGAAAAUAUGACCGAUACAAUGAACAUUUAAAUGGCAUUUUUAAGCCACUCAUUAAUAUGGGCGCAUUGCAUUUGCACCAAUUUUUUCAAAAAUCCAAUCUUUCAUUUGCGCCACAAGGUUAUAUUUCAUUUGCGCCAAAAAUAAAAACUUCAUUUACGCCAUUUUACAUGUAUUGUAUAGAGGAAAAGUUCAAUAUCCGUGAAUAACAUUUGUGUUUACAAUAUUCCCCCUGGAGAACUGAAGGAGUUCAUACACAUUUCUAAUACAAAACUGAGAGUCACUAAGGUUUGGAAUUAUAUAGUUUGAGGUGUCAAGAUGGACAUUAAUAUUGUCAAUUUAGAGACAAACAAACAAAAUGGUCUGUAUUUUAGGAUGGACACACAUAUAUGUUAUCAUAUGUUCUGAAAAAUUUGGAAAGCCAGAAGACAAAAAAAAAAAACAAUUAUUAAAACUUAGAA